UCGAAAUGCAUGCUGGCCUCGCAGAUCUUCUCGUCACCACAGCCAGUGCCCUCGACCAGGGUCAUUGGCGGCCGUUGACCGAUGCGGGCCUGGACAUGGUUGUAAUCGAUGAGUUUGAUGCCAUUUUUGAUGGCGCUCAUGACCAAGGCGCCUGGCGACUGCUUCAGCGUGCCAUCCCCCAUGCCUUUCGCAAUGGCCGCCGCAAGGACGCUUCUUCGUCGGGCUCCUCACCUCUUCCCGUGUGCCUGGUGUGCCUGCCUUUCUACUGCCCAGCAACGCGCGUCCUCUUCACUGGAGCCACCUUGCCCGACCGUGGCGACCGCAGUGUGAUGAGCUUGCUCCAAUAUCGACUGCCCGGUCUACAUAUCAUCCGCACCCCACAACUACACAAACCGCGACAGCGCCUGCGUCAAACGCUCAUUCGCUUGCAGGAUGCCGCUCUUUCUGACAGCGCUCGUGCGGCAGAAGUCCAACGGGUACUGCAACAAAAGUGCGCUGGAAAACGCACCAUCGUGUUUUGCAACACUGUCAAGCAAGUAACUCAACUCUGCGCAAACCUGCAGGACACCAACGUGAUUGAGUACCAUGGCAAGCUUCCCAAAGCCAUUCGCGAGCAGCGCUUGGCGGCAUUCUGUGCCGAUCCCACGGCCACAAUUGUCAGCACGGAUCUGCUGAGCCGGGGUCUUGACUUGCCCGUUGAUGCGGUGAUUCAGGCCUACUUUGCCACUGUAAGCAACUUGCUCAUUCCGUGCUCACGUGUGACAUCCGCAAUCAAAGAAGCAAUCUUACCCCCGCCAUCCCAUCGACAGAACGUCUCCAUAUAUUUGCAUCGCAUCGGGCGGACAGCUCGUCAUUUUGCACCAGGAGAAGCCAUUUCCCUCUUGGCGGCGGAUGAGGGACAUCUUGCUCGAGCGGUUGAGGAGGCUUUGGCCGCCGAAGCAGCAACGACCCAGGCGUCAAGCCGGGGCAAGGGCAAGGGCAAGGACACGCUCUCGCCAGCCGAGCUGGAGGAGCGCCGUGCCUCCUUGCAAGAUCUCUUCAGCCGGAAACGUGGGCUUCGCCGGCGCGUGCAGCGCUAUGGCAACGCAGCACACCGAGACUGACCCAGGAUCGGUGAUUCUGCCCGUAAGACCACAGCAGAUCCGCGCACUGCUCGGCACUGAGUUACUGACAAUCGAUUUUUGAUUUUU